ACCUUUGGUUGGUGUAUCCCAAAUAUUCCCCGCCUCCUCUUUGUCCACUAAAAAAUGCAAAAAAUUCAAUAAAAAUAAGUAAAUAAAAAUCAAAUAAAAAUGUGUAGAGAAAAAUAAGGUGGUAUAAUUACUCAUAACAAAAUGUUUUUUUGUGAUAUUUCUAGCUCAAUCUUUGAGAUUAUUCCGAUGAAAUGGAUCUUCACAUCCCCAUCCACUUAGCUUCGCGCCUCUCUUGCAGAACUGCCACCAUCAAUUUCCGUUCACCCAACUACCACAACCGCCGGGCUAGGCCGAGGCGCAACCCCACCAAUGUUCGAGUUGAGCCGAGCUCAGCUGCCGGCCACAGGAGCAGCGAAUGCGACAGAAGCGUCGUAUUCUCUGCUAAGAGUAUUUCCAGGGACGCAGCGUCGAGUGGAGAAGAAGCGGCGGAGAUAUCUCGUCGGAGCAUCUGGGACGAGACGAAUUUCGUGGAGGUGAUUGGAAUUGGGAGUCGGAAAGACGCCAUUAUUGACUUCUGUUUGUCAUCUCCUUCUUGCUCGCCCGCCUUGAGAUUUUGGAAUAUUCUUGUCAAAGAUUCAGGGAAGGUGUUAUUGCACCAGAGGUCUCUUACAGAAGAUAUUACAGCAGAAGUUGAAGAAGAUCCAUCAUCAUUGAGUUUGUGUUCUAAAGCAACAAUACUUGUGGCUAAUGCAGCUUAUGGUGGAGAUAAUAUCUUAUCACUUGAGAUUCUUAGAAGAGUAAGAUGUGCUGGUGGGCUAGUCAUUGGAAUAAUUCUGAAACCAUUCUGCUUCGAAGGGCAAAGGCGUCUUGAGGAGGUGAACAAUUUGGUUGAUGAGCUUCAAAAGCAAGCUAAUUUUUGUAUAGUUGUUGAUACUGAUGCACUUCUAGCAACAGAUCUAAUAACUUUGGAUGAGGCAUUGAAAACUUCAAACAGGGCUGUUUUGAUGGCUAUAAAUGCUAUAUCUGCUCUUGUAUCUGAAAAUUUCUUAAGGUAUCAAAAUUUACCAAAUAAUUGUUGUGAAUUGCUUGAAGUGCCACAGCUACCAAAGAUUCUUGAGAGCUAUAGAGACGCUAGAAUUGGAUAUGGAGCCGGCUACAACAUCAAGACUGCUAUUCUGCAAGCUACAUAUGAUUGUCCCUUUCUUGGAGUGUCUUUACAGGAAUCAGAUGGUGUGGUUUUAUGUGUUAUUUCAAGUUCCAAUGCGCUUGAUUCCCACAAUGUGAACAUCAUCUGUCGAACUUUCCGGCAAACAACUGGAUGGAAGGGGGAAAUUAUAAUGUCAUUUAUUCAUGAAGCCAACAUGGAUGCAAAUUUAAUACUGACGACUAUAAUAAUGUGUGGGUGUGUUGUGCAGCAGCCAUCACACAGAAGUAGCUUACUUUUUAGAGUGGCCCAACAUUUCCCCUUCAUUUCACAAUUUUUCAAGAAACCUGAAUUUCCUUGUUCGGGUAAAAUGUCGCAUAUGCUUUCCAUGGAUGGUAUGAGGCCUAUGGACUGUGGGGCUGAAGAUGUACAAUUUUAUGAUCAGGAACUACAUGAGCUAUCUCACAACAAUGGUGCAGAAACACUUCUCUCAGACUCAAUGGAUUGUGAAAGUGAUCUUGUUCAAAGCAAAAUUGAAUUCUCAGCAACUGACUUCUCUUUCAUUGAUGAUGAAGUCAAUGCUGAAGGAAAUCCAAUGUUCAGAAGAGAGGUACUUGCAAGGCAAAACCGGCAGCCUGGAUUUCAAAUCACACAUGACAGGGGCAAAAAGGGCACUGAUGACAUGGAGAUCUGUGCAGCUGACAAUAUCAGCACAUUCGUGCUUCCAGUGGGUGUAAAACUAAUAGAGCAAUCAAAAAAUGGUUCAACUUCCUCAAACUCCUGGAGUUGGACAGAGUGGAUGAUUAAUGAAAUUAAAGGGGCACAAGCUUGUGAUCCUAAGGGCAGCAUAUCUUGGGAUAGAAUGAAUGCUGACAUUGAAGCUAUGUUGGACGCGGACAACAAUCCUCCCUUUUUGAAGGACAAAGGAGCUCUUUCAAUUCGUGCAGCCUCUAUGCUGGAAUCUGAACGAGAUACACAGAAGAAGUGGGAUCCGGUGAUUGAAAUGAAAUAUAGAGGAGGGAUAUACAGAGGCCACAUCCAAGGAGGUCUUCCUGAAGGAAAGGGACAUCUGUCUCUUAGAGAUGGAAGUGUAUACAAUGGCAUGUGGCGCUAUGGAAGGAGGUCAGGUCUUGGGACGAUGUACUUCAGAAAUGGUGAUAUUUACCGCGGUUCAUGGAGGGAUGAUGGGAUGCAUGGGAAGGGAUGGGUUUACUUUCACACUGGGGAUCGCUGGUUUGUGAACUUCUGGAAGGGAAAGGCAAACGGAGAAGGGCGUUUUUAUCAUAAGAAUGGCAAUGUUUCAUUUGGCCACUUCAAAGAUGGAUGGCGGCAUGGCGAGUUUCUUAACAUAAACAUUGACGGAACACGGUGUCUUGAGAAAUGGGAUGAAGGCGCCCUUACAAGCAGAGAGAUUUUGGAUCCUGAUAUGCCUGCUGGAUAGAAUGAUUUUCCUUUAUCUGCCCAAUGAUUCCAUUAGUUAGAAUGGUGUGGAGUCUUCAUUGUGUCCUGUAUCUCAUGGGUUAAUUAAUAUCUUUUCUUGUAAUAACUUGUUGAAUUCUGUUUAGAAAUGAGCGAAAGUAUAUAAUACGGAGUAUAUUUUUGUCACUUCUUGUUUUGUAAAAUUUUUUAUGUAAUUUUUUUAAAUUUUUUAUUACAGUAAUUUUCAAAUAAAUUGAAUUGAAAAUAACUUUAGGUAAAACUU